UUCUGGAAACUGUUUCAUAGAACUUUAUUCUCGAAGCAUAAGGCCUAUUUUAGUUCCUUUAGUUAUUGAUAAAAUUUGCUAUGGAGUGCAAAUUGUAAUAUACACGAAGUUAGUGAAAUCGGUAUAGUUUAUACGUUUUUAUCUUUUAAACUGUGUUUAGUACGAAAGCCGGCUUUCAAAGAGUGGUGUCGUGUUGUACGUCAUUGAUACAUUUUAAUAAUUUAUAAGAUUACGUUACUUUUGUUGAAAAUCAUUGUAGACUUUUUGUAGGGAGAAGUUAUUAAAAAAACUGUGUAAAAUGUCUGUAUGUGAUAGCGGGGAUAUGAAAUUAGAUGCCGCUGUAAACAGUUGGCUGAAACAUGACAAGAACCCUGAAACUCGUAAGGAGGUCCUCGAUGCCAUAUCCAACAAACAUUGGGACAAGCUGCGCGGCUGUAUGCUGCAACGCCUGAAGUUCGGCACAGCUGGGCUGCGCGGGCGCAUGGGCGCUGGAUACAAGGCUAUGAACGAUGUUGUAGUCCUACAAACAGCUCAGGGUCUAUGCUCGUACUUAAAGAAGGUCUGCAACCACAGUCAAAUGCAAAAUGGCGUCGUGAUUGGCUUCGAUGGCAGAUAUAACAGCAAGAGAUUCGCAGACCUAACAGCCAAAGUCUUCCUAUCCUCAUCGAUCCCGGUCCACAUGUUCACCGAGGUCUGCGCCACACCGCUGGUCUCCUUCGGCACCAUCCUCUACAACGCCGUCGCCGGUGUCAUGGUGACUGCCUCCCACAACCCCAAGGAAGACAAUGGUUAUAAGGUGUAUUGGAGAAACGGGUGCCAGAUCAUAUCGCCACAUGAUGAUAAUGUACUGGAUGAAAUUAAUCAGUGCUUGGACAUACCAGACGCUCACUGGGACAUCACAGACGUUGCUUCACAUCCCCUUACAAAGAUCUGUCAAGACGAAGUGACUAACAAGUACAUGGAGACUAUCAUCAGCUUGAGUCCUGAAGUGUUAGAGGAUAACAGUAAAGCAGCCAUCGAUAUAGUCUACAGCGCGAUGCAUGGCGUCGGCUAUGAGUAUAUCUUGAAGGCGUUUGCUACUGCUAAUCUUAAGCCUCCAAUUAGCGUAAAACAACAACAGGAUCCAAACCCUGACUUCCCAACAGUGGUAUUCCCCAACCCUGAGGAGCUGCAGUGCUUAGAGCUCAGCAAACAGCUCGCAGAGGAGAAGGGCGUCAAGCUGGUGCUCGUCAACGAUCCUGAUGCCGACAGGCUGGCCGUUGCCGAGUUUGAUGACACUACAAACUCCUGGCACAUAUUCACGGGUAACGAGAUGGGCGGCCUGCUGGGCUGGUGGCUGCUGGACCAGUACUGCAAGCGCGCGGAACACGAGCCCGAGUCAGAGGUCUACAUCAUGGCCAGCAUCGUCAGCUCCAAGAUGCUGAAGGCCAUCGUCAAGGGGAGGGGGGAGUUCGUCGAGACCUUGACUGGGUUUAAGUGGAUGGGUAACACCACACUCCUUUUGGCUCAACAAAACAAAGUCCCUCUGUUCGCGUUCGAGGAGGCGCUCGGCUACAUGUGCGACCACCGCGUGCCCGAGAAGGACGGCGUGUCCGCCGCCGUACAGGUGGGUUCUCUGGCCUCGCACCUGUCCCGCGCGGGCUCGUCCCUGCUGCGACAGCUGCAGGCUCUGUACGCGCAGUACGGGUAUCACGUCACGCACAACGCGUACUACCUCUGCCACGAGCCCAACACCAUACAGAAGAUCUUCAGACGGAUCCGGAACUAUUCUUGUCAAGGGCAGUAUCCUAAAAAAGUGGGAUCAUGUGAGAUUGUUUACAUUAACGAUUUCACCGCCGGCUUCAAAUGGCCAGAGAACAUCAACGGGGAGGCUCACCUAAAUGUCCUCGGUACUGGUUUAGACCAGGACUACACGUCGGGCGAGAUGAUAAUAUUCCGAUGCAGCAACGGUCUAAGUGUGACGAUUCGGACAAGUGGGACGGAACCCAAGCUCAAGUAUUAUUCGGAGUUAGUCUGCGAGGCGCCCACUAGGAGUGAACAGCAAGAAAUGAACACGAAACUGAAAGUGAUGGUCAAGGAGUUUGUUGAGGAGCUUCUCCAACCAGCUGAGAAUGGGCUCAUAGGCUAAGAGAAACUAACAAUUCAUGAGAUCAUAAGGUAUACAACUUAUUACACUACUUAUUCGUAAAACUAUGAUUUAAAAAGUUGUGUAGGUUGGGCCAAUA